AUGUCAUCGUCAACAGUAGACGCAAGUCUCGUUUCAUCAUUAAACAAUAUUUCUUUUCAAUUAAACCGUUAUUUAGCAUUUCCUAUUUUUCUAUUUGGAAUUAUUGCAACUCUUGGUCGAUGGGGUUGUUCAAGUAUAAAGGUUAGUUACCGACAUUGGAGUACACUGAAAAAUGCACAACGUGGUAUCAGUCUUCUUGUGAUUAUUUCCAGUCUUUUACAAAUCCAACAAAUCUUCUGUUAUGAAGCCAAUCUUACAUAUACUCCAUUGAAAUGUUAUUCCAAAACAGUAACAUGUGGUAUUCUAUCAGAUUUAUCGUUUGCAUUAAUUACUGUCCUAAUUCCAUUAUUAUUGAUGUUUAUCUUUGGUCGAAUGAUUAUUUUGAAUGUACGCUACUCACAAUCACGUUUAUAUGUCGAAGGUAUAGCAAUGUCGAAUAGUAGUGGAAUUCUAAAUCCCGUAUUUGUCAAUGUCAGACAAUUAAAUCAACGAAGAAAAACUGAUCGACGGCUAUUAUCUAUGCUUUUCGUUCAAGUUAUAUUUAUUCUUGUACUUACAUUACCGUUCGCUAUAUCAAAACUGUAUUCAACAUUAACAAGAGACAUAUUGAAAUCAACAUUACAAAUUACGAUUGAAAGUUUUAUUUUUAAUUUAUUUCUUCUUUUUUUAAAUGUUGCUUCGGGAAUGCCAUUCUAUAUUUACACAUUAACUGGUGGAAAAGUGUUUCGAAAAGCGUUGUUAAACCUAUUUCAUAAAUAA